AUGAAACGGCAAGUGCUGGUGUUUAUCUUCAUCCUCUGCCUAAAUACGGUGAUCGGGCAAGUCAGCUACUCUAUUCCAGAAGAAAUGGGAAAGGGCUCUUUGGUCGGCAACAUAGCUCAAGAUUUAGGGUUGAACGUUAGACGGCUGAAGUCUGGUAAAGCUCGUAUUUAUACGGGAGACAGCGUGCAGUACAUCGAGCUGGACAGAGAAAGAGGAGUCCUCCGUAUUAAAGAAAAAAUAGACCGUGAAGCCCUCUGCAGACAGACAACGCCUUGUGCUUUGCAUUUUCAAAUAACGUUAGAGAGCCCACUAGAAUUGUUUCCAGUUACAGUCGAAAUUACGGAUCAGAACGACAACCCCCCUCAGGUCCUGUACCCAGUCCAGACUGGAGGCUCAGUGGUGGCUGAGAUGGUUCCUCGUGCAGCAGAUGUGGGCUAUCUGGUAACUAAAGUGGUCGCUGUUGAUGUGGACUCUGGACAGAAUGCCUGGCUGUCGUAUAAACUGCAGAAAGCCACAGACAGGGCGCUGUUUGAAGUGGGCUUACAGAAUGGAGAAAUCAGAACUAUCCGCCAAGUGAGCGAUAAAGAUGCUGUGAAACAAAGACUGACUGUUAUAGUGGAGGACAACGGGCAGCCGUCUCGGUCAGCUACAGUCAAUGUGAACGUGGCGGUGGCGGACAGCUUCCCUGAAGUGCUGUCAGAGUUCACUGACUUUACCCACGACAAGGAGUACAAUGACAACCUGACUUUUUACUUAGUGCUGGCUUUGGCUGUAGUGUCCUUUCUCUUCAUCACAUGUUUGGUGGUUAUUAUCUCAGUGAAAAUCUACAGAUGGAGACAGUCUCGCGUCAUGUAUCACUCCAAUCUCCCUGUGAUUCCAUAUUAUCCACCACGUUACUCAGACACCAUGGCCACAGGGACUCUGCCACACGUGUACAAUUACGAGGUGUGCAGGACGACUGACUCCAGAAGGAGUGACUGUAAGUUCGGCAUAGCUGGUAGUCAGAACGUGCUGAUCAUGGACCCCAGCUCUACAGGGACCAUGCAGCGGAUACAGAGUGAGAAGAGCAUCCUGGACGAACCAGACUCUCCUCUAGAGUCAUUCUAA